AUGAGCGCCCAUCUCACGGAGAAGGACCUCUUCAGCGCCCUCCGCGAGUACGUCUCGAGGCUUGAGGUGCAGUACAUGAUCGAGGAGGAGGUGAAGAAGUUCCAGGAGAAGGUGCUGCCGCGGCUCCUGUCCGAGGCCUUCGCGGCGGCGUCUCAUGGGGCAACGGCAGGCCAAAUGGCCUCCUCGCCGGGGCCGUCCACGACGCCGGCGCCGUCGCACGUAACCGCUACCCCGAACAUCGAGUGGGUUCAGACAUUCCUCAAAGCGCAUGCAGAUGACGCACUCAGCCGCCGGCUGCCCUCGAUGAUUUCUCAUGAGGUACAGCGGCAGCUGCGCAGCGCAAGUGGGAGUGCACAGGCGGAGUCCAGUGCUCAGGCUUCAUCUUCGUCGUCAAGGUCCCCGCCGCGCGGAGAGGCGGUAGUAGCGACAGCGGCUGCUCAACCACGUGUAGGCUUGCCACCGCUUCCGCCUUCUCCUCCGCGUCCAUCUCUGACACUGCCGCCUGAAAUAACUAUCGUAUCCGCUGAGACGAGCUCAGCCAAGCAUCAAGGGGACGGCAACAGAAACUUUACCUCGCUGGCUUCUACUGCCCAUGACGAGGGUCGCCGGCAGCGCGAGCAGGUGCUCAGCGCCAUCUCGGAUAUUGAGCAUCAGCUGAAAGACGUGCAGCGGGACAUCAACGAGGUGGUGCACCAGCAGCGGCUGUCCCGGUGCCGGCUCGAGUACCUCUGCGAAGUACUCCAGGGGACGGACUUAUUCCCAGCUGCAGAAACCCGGCCGUCUUCGCUGUGCGUGGCGCUGAAGCAGGCGCUGGAUGAUCGGCAGGCGGAUGCCGUGCGAGCGCGUCUUGCAGUCAUGUUGCAAGGCCUUCUGCCACUGUCGACCGAGCCGCACCCUGGAAGAGGGACGGUUGUAGACUAUCAGCCUACCUUUACACUCGGUGGCUCACCAUCGCCGACGCCGCAGGAUGUCCAGCAGUCUUCUCCCUCUGCUGCCUCUGUGAAGUCCUACGCCGUGCCCAGUUUCAGUAGCGAUGCCCAGCGGCAGUCCUUGACUCGCUCCCCUUCCCGCCUGCGCUGCGGACUGCCGUCCCCACCUCACAGUGCCAGUGGCCCAGUCGGGGCACCGCCUGCACACACCCCGCACUCCUCAGGGGCGUGUCCUGCAAACAAGGCCCCGACUUGGGCGUGCACUUUAGUGUACACCCGCCACGGCGACGCGGCCGCGACCACUGCAGGUACAUUUCGGCCCGCAGGUGCCGCUCCAGCGAAAGCGGUCCGCUCCAUCACGACACGCGGUACUGCAGCGUCAUCCCUAACCCCCAAAGCUGCACCCCCACCGCCGCCGCCAGUGGAGCAGCAACCGUCGGCGUUAAGGACGACCCAUGGGACAGCGCCUUCCCCUCCGCCUGUUCUCCGCCAGCAGUCGCAUGAUCCGCUCGGUGCGGGUGGGGCAGUCUCGCGGCCGACACCUCUGCCACAGGAAUGUGCUGUCCCUAGCAUGCGGGACAAGACUCGUAGGGAGACACACAGAGGGACAUCGGUGAGAACGGUGGACAGCACUGCCCCGGAGGCUGACGAGGCCGCCCCUCUUGCAACCUACACUCACCCUUCCAACGCUCGUUUUCGCAGCAAUAUGGGCCGCGACGCGUCAUCCUCCUCCAUCAUCUCUGCCGCCCCCUCGAGAGAGGGUGCCGCUGCUGGCUGGGCGUCCCGCGCAGUGGUGCUGGGCAUUGACGCCCUGAAUGUCCCCUCCGGCGUGCUGCCCGGUGCACUAGGCCGACAAGGAGCAGUGCGUGUGCAGUCUAUAGCACCCCUGCAGCCGGCAGAGCGCGCUGGCGUAUGCCGCGGCGACAUCCUACUUUCGGUGAAUCAUCACUCUGUCAGCAACUGCGAAGAGCUUCGGGCUGUGCUGGCAGCCGUGCCGGCGACGCAGCUCACGAUUGCAGCGGAGCUCUACCGGGAUACGAUUGAUCAGAUAGUCUCCAUCACACUCCAGCUGUAG